CUCCUUUCUCUCUCUCUGUUUUAACUUCUUGAAAGCUUUAAUUGAGAGAAGAACUUAGAAAUCAGAAAGCUUUGAGGAUCCAACAAUGGCUUUGAAGCUGAAUCAAACGUCUUUUCAAUCACCCAAGUUAGCUUCAACCUCUCUUACUCGAUCUGGGUAUCUCAGAUCUCAGAGAGUUUUCAUGGCGUCUACACUCCGCACUCCUCCAAUGGAAGUUGAGAAACUUAAGAAGCCUUACAGCCCGCCAAAGGAGGUACAUGAGCAAGUGACUCAUUCUAUGUCACCUGAAAAGAUUGAGAUGUUCAAAUCUUUGGAUAACUGGGCGGAAGAAAAUAUCUUGCCAUACCUGAAGCCUGUGGAGAAAUGUUGGCAACCAAAUGAUUAUCUUCCUGACCCAGCUUCAGAAGGGUUUGAUGAGCAAGUUAAAGAACUAAGAGAAAGAGCAAAGGGGCUUCCAGAUGACUACUUUGUUGUACUUGUUGGAGAUAUGAUUACUGAAGAAGCUCUACCAACUUAUCAGACUAUGCUGAAUACUCUAGAUGGUGUGAGAGAUGAAACUGGUGCAAGUCUUACUUCUUGGGCUGUUUGGACCAGAGCUUGGACUGCAGAAGAAAAUAGACAUGGUGACCUUCUCAACAAGUACCUUUACCUUUCUGGACGUGUUGACAUGAGGCAAAUUGAGAAGACAAUUCAAUACUUGAUUGGAUCUGGAAUGGACCCUCGAACUGAAAACAACCCAUAUCUGGGAUUCAUCUACACAUCAUUCCAAGAGAGAGCAACCUUUGUUUCACAUGGAAACACAGCUAGGCUAGCAAAGGAGCACGGGGAUUUGAAGCUUGCACAGAUAUGUGGCACAAUCGCAGCAGAUGAGAAGCGUCACGAAACUGCCUACACCAAGAUAGUGGACAAGCUUCUAGAGAUUGACGCAGAUGGAACAGUCCUGGCUCUAGCUGACAUGAUGAGGAAGAAAAUAUCUAUGCCAGCCCAUUUGAUGUACGAUGGUCAAGAUGACAAUCUUUUUGAACACUUUUCCUCGGUUGCACAGAGGCUUGGGGUGUACACGGCCAAAGAUUAUGCUGAUAUUCUGGAGUUCUUGGUUGGAAGAUGGGAUAUUGAGAAGUUGACCGGUUUAUCUGGAGAAGGGAAUAAGGCUCAGGAUUAUGUUUGUGGUUUGGCUCCUAGAAUUAGAAGGCUGGAGGAGAGGGCUCAUAGCCGGGCUAAGCAUGUUGCCUCGACUGCGGUCCCUUUCAGCUGGAUUUUCGGGAAGCAAAUCCAACUUUGAAGAUGAAAUAAGGAAAACAGUUAGUUGUUGGUUGGCCACUGAAGGAGAAUGAAAUUGGCUUGAGAGAUGGUCAAGUUUUUUUUCUAUAAAAAAAAUAACUUGUAAUUUGAAUGUUUGCUUUCUUUGUAUUUGGACGAAUUUCCCUAGAAUGUCAAGUUCUCUCUAUUAGUAAGAAAAAAAGAAAAACUGAUGCUUUUCUA